UGCACGUAGAUUGUCAUGUUGUGCGCAAAGGAGUACCGUACAUGUACGUUUUUCCUAAUUCGAGCCUAGGAACCCGGAAGGAAACAAGUAUGAAAAUUGCGCAGCGGUGACUGAGAUACUUGCACAACUAAGGUACAUACAUAGAUUCCCCGUAACAUGGCCGAUAUAAGCGUACUAUGGCAGUCCCUGUCGCUGAUCAUGGUUGCGCUCCUCUGGGGAGCAACCAAUCCGCUCAUGAAGAGAGGCGGGGAGGGCAUCCAGCGAGUCCAGAGGGGCGGCAGGGUGGCACAGUUUUUGGCAGAGCUGAAGUUCCUGAUUUUGAACUGGAAGUACAUCCUGCCAUUCCUUGUAAAUCAAAGUGGAUCAGUUCUUUUCUAUCUAACGCUAGCUUCAGCAGAGCUUUCAUUAGCUGUACCUAUCACCAAUGCACUAACAUUCAUCUUCACCACGCUAACGGGAAAGAUGCUGGGUGAAGAUAUUGAUGGGAAAGAAACCUACGUUGGAAUGGCACUUGUGGUGGCUGGAGUCACUCUCUGUGUUUGGGAUAAGACUUGAGAGGCUUGUGGGAUAGGACUUCCGAAAAUGAGGACAGGCGACUCUAAGUGAUGAGGAAACUCAGCCAAGAGAGACUGGUGGUAGAAAAGCUGACUCAUCUCAUAACAAGGGUCCAGGUUUGAGAUUUUGAUUAGCCAGGAUGUUGCCCAGGAACCUGGCAGAACUUUGAAGCUGAUAUUUUAAGAUGAGACAAGAAAUAGUUGAUGAAAAUUGGUGUUCAAUUCACCUAUAUCUGAAAUGAAUGUCAUACUUGUGCGUCUGUAUCUUGUUUGUAAUACCGGGGCUUGGAUAAAGUCAUUUAAUUGUUGUGGACUGGUCAUGUGUCAUGUUAAUACAGUCGGACCUCGUUGAUAAAAGGUCCUUUUGACUUUGCAUAUUACCUUGUUAUGACAGGAACCUUGUGUUUUCAGGAAUGAAAACAAUGAAAAACAAAGCCGAGAAACAGUGCGCCAUCUUCUGGGAUUACUAGACCCAAAGGGAGUCGACAAAGAGGGCGACGGCAACAGUACAUUUUCUAAAGGCAUACAAAGAAAUUGCUGUAAAGACUGACAAACUAUGUAAUGUAAUGUAAACUAUGUAAUGGGACUAUUUUGAUAUUUGGUCUUCCAUGAUAUUGUGGAUAAGUUUUUGGCGUGUCUGAGUUGUUGGUACUGCACUAUGAAACUAUGUCUUGGCUGUGAUACCCACUCACGAUACGCGUUGGAGUUCUUCAGUUUUAACGCCGUCAAAACUUGCAUGCACGUACAUGUAGUUCCCUGUGAUGGUUUUUGAGACAACUUGAGACAAGAUUGCAUUCAAUUAAUACAGGGAUGACUCUGUAACCAGUUCCACCUCAAACCGGUUUUGUCUUGAAUGUGGUAUCAUUUUGAAGAGAGGUAAGAUUACAUUUCAAGGUAAUCAUUCAUUGAUUUCAAUUUAUGGCACAGUACCACAGCUUUCAUCUUUUUUAUUUUUCGAUGCAAUUGGUAAUUCCUGAGGAUUCCCUUGAAGAAGCACGGCAACCUUUUUCUUUUCGUUAGGCGUGAAAAAAUGCCACUUUCAAAAUAAAAUUGUCAACCACUCUUAAAUGACCACUCUGUGAAUUCGAGACUCCCCAAAUCCAGAACCUAACCUACUUUUAAAUUUGAAAGUCUAAAAAAGUCACCCCUAAGAUUUUAAUGUUACUUGUUUUGGAUAUAUUUCAGUUGUUUGGUCCUCUUAAUUUUAUUGUCAGAUAAGUUUAAAUAUCCGAGGAAGAAAAUCACAUGAUUGAACAAGCUGGAGUUGGAGUCUCCCGCGGUUUCUCAAGCUUCCUCCUCGUUUGAUAAUAUCACUCGAUGAAACUUUAUUAAUACCUAACUUACGCUGUGAAACCAAAAAAAAGGCCAGAGAGGUUUCUUUAUGAUCAACAAAAUGAAAGCUCAUCGGCUUAGUAUUAUUUUAAAGGCUGGCACGUUUCCACAUUAGAUCCGGUCUAUGUAGAGCGCAUCGCAGUAUUGCAUACACAAGGACACUGACCAAACAUGGAAGGGUCUGUGACCUGUACAAAGCGGAAUUUUCAUCUUCCCACGACUUGUCAUCGUAUUCUGUCCUCGCAUUUCGGUAAAGUCUUAUUCACCGGCCCGAACCAGCAGUCUUCCUUAUUCCUUCAAACAGGACUGAAGGGCCAAGCCUUCAUGCCGGACCUUGGAAGUUCUGAAAAAAGAGGAAUACUUGGAGAAACGGAUACAUGUCAAUUCGUCACCCAUAUUGCUCACACAUUUAUUUACAUUUAAAUUCUACAUUUAGCAAGGUUGUCAAUCAUUAGGCUAUAGGUAUGUACACGCAGCACUCGAAUUCUUUAGGAAAAUACACAUUAACAGGAUAAAUGUGCUAAAACCCGCACGUUUAUAAUUAAGGGUAUUGCAUGAACACCUAAGACAAGCACGAUAGAAUUUACCUGAGUUCAUAACAAUACUCCUUGUUGGUAAUGCUGUCUACUGAUGAUGUCUAUUCCUGAUUCAUCCUCUCUUUUUUGUGCUAAUUUUCUUAAUUGCUGUCUUAUCCAAGAAAUUACCAAACACUUUGAUGUAUAUAAACACUCCACUCAUGAAUAAAUAUACAUCCCACAUACAUCGCUAUAAUUGUUAAAAUAUUGGCAAGUUAUUGCACUUCUUUGCGCGAUUCUCAUCACUAUAAAUUAUAAUUUGUAAAUACACUUGAUACUGCUUACACAAUGGCAUUAACUUUGUUGAUUAUAUUUAACUGCAGCCCUGACGAGGUACAAGAAGUUACAGAGUUGAAUUGAUGGCCACAUUAAUAGUUAUCUUAUAAAACAAAACCAUUCGAACUAAACCCAA